AUGCAUUCCUUCCCUGCCCUUUCCCAGACGGGUCGUCAGGCAGUCAUUUCUUCUGAGCACACAACGAACAAGCCUGAUGAGGCGACACCCCUCAUCGGUGGCGGCGCAGACAUUACGGAUCAGAUAGAAGAGAAGUGGAAGCCUGGGCCUGGGUUCAUUUGGAUUGAGAUUGCGAUCUUUUCGAAUGUCUUCCUCUCUGGCUUCGAUGGCACCAUCACGGCAUCGACGUAUGCCGUCAUUGGAUCUGAGUUCAACGCCGCCAACACAAUAUCGUGGCUUACAACAUCAUACCUGAUCACGAGCACUGCAUUCCAACCGCUCUAUGGACGAUUCUCUGAUGUCUUAGGGAGGCGGACCUGCUUUUUCACUGCGACUAUAACCUUCCUGCUUGGUUGUUUAGGCUGUGCUCUCGCACCAGAUAUAAUUACAUUGAACCUCAUGAGGGCACUGACUGGGUUAGGCGGAGGUGGGCUGAUGACCAUGGCGACCAUCAUAAAUUCAGACAUGAUACCCUUUAAAGAGAGAGGGAUGUAUCAAGCUUGCCAGAAUGUGCUCCAUGGCUUUGGAUCUAUCUGCGGAGCGUCUUUGGGGGGUCUCAUCGCAGACACUAUCGGCUGGCGUUGGUGCUUCCUCUGUCAAGUGCCUGUUUCACUGUUUGCAUUCACCGUGGGGCAUUUUGUCAUAAAGCAAGACGACAAGCAGUUAACAUCAGACGAGGAGGCCGCAACUGGUCCCGUACAUGCCUCGAGGUGGAAGCAAAUCGACGUCGGGGGGGCACUGUUCCUUGUCCUCGGACUUUCUGCGCAACUGGCGGCCUUAAGUAUGGGUGGCAAUGACUAUCCUUGGGGCGAUGCCCGAGUACUUACAGCUCUACUCGUGAGCAUACUUCUCCUCGUGGCCUUUGUACAAGUUGAGAUACGUACUGGAGCCCUUGCAGUGAUGCCCAUGUCUAUGCUGAAAGGAACUCUUGCUGUGUCGAAUCUUGUUAGCAACGUUUGCGUCGGGAUGGCAGCAUACUCGUUCUUGUUUGUGUUGCCACUUUUCUUCCAAGUUGUCCUCCAAGACAGUGCCUCACAGGCUGGGAUGCGGCUUGUCGUACCGUCAUUGGCAACACCUGUUGGUGGAGUGGUAUCGGGCAUAAUAAUGUCUCGCUGGGGUCGCCUGAGCGAGCUUGUUCGGACUGGAUGCUUGCUGAUGAUGGUUGGCAACGGCCUUGUCGCUUCCCUCAAAUACGAGGACUCAUCGUGGAAAUACCUGGUGUACUUAAUCCCAGCAAAUUUCGGCCAGGGCAUGUCAUACCCUGCCAUUCUUUUCACCUUCUUAGCUGCCUUUGAUCACGAUCAGCAAGCCGUUUCCACCUCAAUGGUAUACCUUUUCCGCUCUAUGGGCACAGUAUGGGGGGUUGCGGCGUCAUCUACAUUGAUCCAAAAUAUUCUCGCACAAGAUUUGCCAUCUGCGCUCCAGGGGAUGCCAGAUCAAGCCAAGCUCAUCGACGAGAUUCGGCACUCAGUCUCCGUGCUCAAGAAACUCCCACCCGACGUGCAGUUGGCCGCUCGUCAUGUCUACUACACGGCCCUUCGCUACGCAUUCAUCGCUAAUACGGCAGUUGCGGCCAUUGCUCUUGUAUCUGCAUUCUUUGCGAAAGGGAAAAGUCUCCACCGAUCCCGGUGA